AUGUCUCAUGACCGCCGUCAUCGUGCAUCCAAUCGUCACGCACGGACGAGCUGCUGCUGCUGCUGCUGCCGCUGGACGACCCGAUACCUGGCUGUGAUAAUCACCGAGGCCCGUCGCGCCCACACACGCGGGACACACGUCGCGACGACCGCCGAGAUGACAGUGCCGAGAUAGAAUUGUGUGCCGACAGGCACAACAACAGUCCCGAGAUUCCACGGAGCGGAUUAUAUACUGGGGGAGAACCAUGGCUUUCCCACCAUUAGUCAGCUCCACGCCACCGCCCUUGGACAAUUUUGGAGAGUCCGACGAGGAUGAAUUCGGAGAUUUUGCUGGUGGAAUAGACGGUCUGUCUAUUUCAUCGGAGUCCCCGCAGAAACUCAUUACUCCGAUGCAAACACCAACAGCAUCGCAGAAUGCGUCUCCUAGAGUAAACGGUAUUAGCGAGUCACCAGUAUUGGGCAAUCGCCCCAAGAUAAGCGACGCCUCGAAACGCGGCGUCGUCGACGAUCUGUUGAUCGUCGAGAGGGCGGAGAACAAUGUGAGCCACGUAAGAUUGAAGGCUAGAGCGGACGAUAGUAACGUAUUGGAGAAUAAUUUCGAGGACGCUAGUGUAACGGAACACAAUGUAUUAGAUUCACCUAGGAAUGGCGAGUCGCGUAAUAGCGUCGAGACUAGUAAUAGCGUUGAUCACGUUUGUACUCAGAAUGUUUUAGCUAAGGAGAAUUUUGUUGAUACGGAUGUAAUUAGUAGCAACAACAGUAGUUUAGCCGAUAGCGUAAAGACGGUCAGCGAGCAGGAGGGAUCGUCGAACGGCGGUCUCGAGGCGAACGACGAGGUCGAGCCCGUGAGUCUGGACUUGGAGGAUCCCACGAGCACGCCGGACAUUCUGCAGCAGCUGGACGACGAUUUUUACAAUUACGAGCAGUAUGAGGACACCGCCGAGUGGGACGACGCUGUCUGCGACAAGGAGACGGGUGUGACGGUCCUGCAGACGGGCUACUUGGACGACAAGCCUAAUUCCGCGGACGCGACGGAGUGCAACGUGGCGGAUGACGUCGUCGGAGAAACUUACCCGCCGUACGGCGAGAACGAGUCCUGUGUCCGCGAUACGAACGACAAAUCUGUCUUCGUCCACGACGAGAGGACAAUUUCCAGUUUUGUUACCUCGCAAGAACUCAACGUAGACGGUAGCAACGUUUUUAGAGAAUCGGACUGUGAAUUCAGUAUUCAGCCGCAGUAUAUAGAGAUGUACGAUGUAGUGUCCAACGACGAGACGUCGAGUAGAACCGUAAACGAUUCGUUCAAUUUUGAUUUCACUUUCGACGACGACGACGACGUCGACGAUGACGACGACGACGACGACGAUGCUGUGAGAGAGGAAUCAAACUUACAUCAUACAUCCGUACAUAUGGAAGACAUUCACCCCCGCGACUCUAGUAGAAAGAUCGACGCGGGUACUUUUCGUAAUAAUAAUUUCUGCGAUGUAAAAACUACCGUACAAUCAAAAGAGAGCGAGUAUGUAGCCGUAGGGACGAAAAAUCAAACUGUUCAAGAGGUAGGCGAGGAGGUGAGAAACGGGGCGCGUGAGGAGACUCCCGCACGCGGGGAAGUGGAGCCGAGCGACGUGGAGGCGCGCGAACGAUACAUUCCGGAAAACGGUCUUGACGCACACGAUCUCGAUAACUCCGACUUCACGGAGUUCAUGGAGCAUAGAGAUUUCGACGAAGAUGCGUCGGAGCUGACGAAUAACUGCAAUUCGAUGUCCAAUAGUGGUGCACGCGAGACAGUACAAACUCACGGUUCACACAGAUCCCCAUCCGGCGCAUCUUGUAUACAAAAGUUUUCACCGACCGAAGGAGCUUCACUGCCAUCUUCUACCAAUACAUCCCUCGACUGCUUAAAGGAUAAAGCCAAUAUUACGAGUGCCGCGGGCGAGGACGAAUGUGCCACAUACGAGAGCGAAAAUUCUGUAGUAUACUUUAGCGACGGUGAAUUUUAUGACUUUCCUUUACGGACGAUCGAGCCGGCGGCGGCGGCGGCGGCGGCCAAAGCAUGGGAGGACAGCAGCGGCGCCGGAUUCGAAAGCGCGGACAACGAGAACGACGAUUUCGGCGAUUUCGCUAAUUUUUCGAGCACGACGGCGGAGUGGAAGUCUGACGACGCUGGAGAACUGAAGGUGCCUGAGGACGAUGACGGCGACGGCGACGACGACGACGACGACGAUUUUGGAGACUUUAGUAAUUUCGAAACGCCAACGGAUGUAGUAGAGACACAGCAGUUUAGUUUAAAAGAGUCUAUAUGUCGGAUAGAGAACAAGAAUGCCGCGAAUAAAAUAGAAGAUAUAAUAACGAGCAUGUUCUCGGUGCUUUCGGAACAUCACGAGGUCGAGAUAAAAGCCUUAAUAGAUAAAGCGGAUAAAGUUUGGCAGAGUGUGAAGAACUUGGAGGAAACCAAUGCCCUUACUUACCAAUGGGCGAACAGUAGCAGUAACAACGUCCUUUUGAAUGCCCUUGGCAUCGAUUCUCGGAACAUUCUAUUCGGACCGAGGUGGAACCCGAAUAUACCGAGAUUCGCUGCAAAUCUCGGUUUUACUCCGUUAGAGCCAAUUAAAGCUACUGCUGAGCCUCAGCAGCCAUCUGCAGCCAGUACCAGCAAGACACAAGGCGCCGCAGCUUGUUCAGAUGAAGUACCUGCCGCCCAAUUUGAUUGGAAUAGUUCUGGCCUUGUGAAUCCUCUAGAUGCUAGUGGUGGUGGGUUAUCCGCUCUUCUGCCUCUGGAUCUGUUGUGUCCGUUUGACCCUCUACUAACACCUCAUUGCUCCACACAUUCCGAAUCCUAUCAUCAGUCAUCUUGCUCAACGAACUCCGUUUAUUACUAUCCAUCGGAAGAACCAAGUAGUCAGUUCGUGAAAUCGCAGAACUUAGCCGAUCUUAGCAGUUCACUGAGACAGCAGAAGACGUCCAAGAUAAUAGAACCAUUGCCAGGACCCUGCGCAGCGGAAUGGAAGAAGAGGGCCGAGCAGGAUUUCGGGAUUAAGCAGAAGAGUAGCUCGUCGCAUCGAGCGCUGAGAAACGUCCCCCUAGCCAACAAUAAGUCGUUUCCAACGAGCAAUAGUACCUCCAGGGUACACGAGUAUCACAGGAGGACGUCGGCGGGUAAGAAGGAGAACGCGCAGGGUGCGGAGCACGUGGUGAUGGACCGAUACGGGCGACCGAUGACCGUGCAGGCCGAGACCGUGAGAGUUCUGAAUCAGUUGCCGGACCUGUCGUUCCUGAACGCGCGAACUCUGCUGUUCAAUCGCGAGCAGCGGCAGAUCGUGCCGGAUCUGGGCGCCGUGAUAAAUCGGAAGAUGCCCGGCUGAGUAACAUCGGUCUGAAUGCGAGUUUGAAAGGGCAAAACGCGAGUGGAAACUUCCCAGGGAACCUGCUGUUGCGAAAGCUGGAUGUUUCUGAUGUGACCCAUACAAUCAAAAAAAAAAAAAGAAAAAAAACGUACUUCUGCUACCUUUCAAACCUGUGUUCAGACCAACCUUCAAUCCUCAACCUUGACUCUUCCACGACGUCCAGGAAAGGAUACACGAGACGCCACGUACAUACGGAAAGACACACACUGUCCUAUAUCAAAUCUAAUCUGCUUGCGGCACCGAGUAAAUGCACUUCGUGACAUUCCGUAUCGUUGUUUUGUGAUUUUUAUAUAAUGCCACUAGUAUUGUUACUGAAUCCUUCAAAGUCUUUACUUUGUUGCGCAAUUAAUGCGGUUUGAUGUUGUUUCGGAAAUGCUGGCACGUAAGUUUAUUUUGUUAACUAAACAGUUAUGUGUAAUCUUUAUUGAAGAUACGGCAGGCUUUACUGUCGUCUCGUUAAUUAUAUAGAUGUAAGAAUUCACACACACACACACACACACACACACACUCACACAUAUUCGGCCAUAUUCUAGUCUACAGUUCUUAAUCGAUAAGUUUUGUGUAUUAUAACGUUAGAAGAGAUUCGUUAUAACAUUAGAAGAUGUAUAUUUUCGACGGCAAUUGUUGAGCAGCAGCCAGAGUAUUACGUAUACUCGUUUGUAUCGUAUUUCAGAAAUUUACCUACUAACAUUCUGGAACUACUUUUAGACGAGAGCAAACCUGAAUAUAUUUCACCUUAUACAAGAGACCGCGGCUACUUUGUACGACGUUCAUGUGUUGCAAUUUCCAGCAAUCAUAAAUAUUCCCAGUCAUAUAGAAGGAACACACAACACACUCUUAACUACCCAGAAUUAAAAAGAAAACUAUGUACUAAUUGUAAGUCAAUUAUCGUAGAUUGACGAGAUUGAUAUCUGUAAUGAAAUCGUCGAGUGAUACGUUUAUCAAAUUCGCUUGAUGCUUUUAUUGCACAUUUUGAAUUUCUACUGUGAAACGUGAUGUACUUAAUUGUGUAAAUCUCGGCAUUUGCAUAUGGAUUAUUAGAGCGAAAAAAAACGAUAAAUACUAUUAUCAUUAUCCGUUAUUUAUUAAUGAUAAUAUUGUAAUAUAUAUUUUAUGUAAAAUAUUGUGGAUAACAUUAACACAUAGGCAAUCUUUGAUGAUCGAA